AGAAAAGCCCACAUUAGCCCUACUUUCAUCUGUACCACGUUUAACAUGAUGCCAUCCAAGACUCCACCUUCCAUCGUCUUAGUAGUAUAAAGAAGGUAGAAACUUUAUCUCUCUCUCUCGCUCUCUCGCUCUCUCUCCCUUUCACCAUCUCUUCAUUUAAGCAAGCCUUUAGAUCUGGGGGCUGCUCCGACACAGGAGCUAAUCUUCAGGGCUGAACAUCACAAUCUGUGAAGGAGCAGAGAAAAGCAAAGCAGCGAUGGCUUCAGCCGGCCUGGAGAUUUUGGGGAUAAUUCUGACCGUAGCGGGCUGGCUGGGCGUUAUGGUCGCCUGCUGCUUGCCCAUGUGGAGAGUUGCAGCGUACAUAGGUCAGAACAUCGUGAUAACUCAGAUCGUAUGGGAAGGUUUGUGGAUGAGCUGCGUGGUGCAGAGCACCGGACAGAUGCACUGCCGCGUCUACGACUCCAUGCUGGGACUUCCGGACGACCUGCAAGCCGCUCGCGCGCUCUGCGUCGUAAGUACGCUGCUCGGUGUGGUGGGCAUGGCCCUGGCAGUAGCUGGGGCAAAAUGCACCAACUGCACCUCGGACCCGGCAAGCAAGCCACGCAUCAUUAUGGCGGCCGGGGGGACGUUCGUAACUUGCGGACUGCUGUUGUUAGUGGCCGUGUGCUGGACGGCCAACGGCAUCGUUAUGGAUUUUCACAACCCCCUCCUGGAGGAGACGCAAAAGAGAGAAUUUGGGAACUCGUUGUACUUCGGAUGGGGCGCUUCUUGCUUGUUGAUCCUAGGGGGAGCCAUUUUGUCUUGUUCCUGUUCUUCGAAAGCACGAAACCACGCUAUACCGGCAAGAGCAGAGUACUCGGGGGUCAAAUCUCAAACCUCAGUGAAUGCAUAUGACAGAAAAGACUACGUCUGAGGGGGUUUGAAUCUUUGCACACUGACAACCUCAUCAUCAACAACAAUAAUAAGCAAUAACAAUUUAACAAUUUAAUUCAAUUAAAUCAUUCUCAAUCCCAAAUACUAAUUGAAAUUGAUGUGCAUUGAAAAAAGAGCUAUAUGAAGAAAAUAAACUGAUUACUAGCAUGAACAAUCAAAGAUUAAUGGUAUCAUUUUAUUUUCUUGUUUAAGUAUUCAUAAACUGGUUUGUCAUUUAAUCUAACCUUUGUAAAAUUCAAUGCAUAGAUUAGUAGGUGAAUAAUUUCAUAUGAUUUGUAUAUAGCAAGAGAUUUUUGCUGUCAUUUUAUAAAAAAAAAACCCUAUGCAAGUUUCUAACAUUCAGUCAUUGUUGACCUGUAGAAACACAGAAAACCGGGGAGUUAUAAAAGAUAGCAAAGUGCACUCUCAUUACUUUUAAAGGUACUCUUUGUCUGCACAGAAGUGAAUGAAAACAAUGUGCUGGUUGUUCUGGUUGGGGUUUUAGCUCGGGCGAGCGUAACUGAGACCAAAGAUAAAGCACCUGCCUUAUUGCUUCUAUAAUUACCAAAGCAUUCAGUUAUUAGGAAUCUAGAGGGUCAAAACCCCAACCUGCUCCUGCCGGACACUCAUUAAAUAUUUGCUUUGUAUCGUACAUUUCGUAACACUUUACAAUAGGGUUGUAUUUGUU